AUGGCAGUUCAUUCUGGCAAUGAGGCCCUCAUGUGCAAGGUUUUUCCCUUUAGCCUCGGGAUUGUGGCUAUGUGGUGGUUUAAUGCUUUGGAGGAGGGGUCAAUAAAGUCCUUUGAGGAGUUGACGAGGGCAUUCGGAGCAAGGUUUGUAAAAUGUAGUAGAGUCCCUAAGCCCUUUGAUUCUCUUUUGUCCAUGGCCAUGAGGGAGGGUGAGACUUUCAGGACCUACUCAAAUAGAUACUGGGGAACGUACAACGAAAUAGAUGGAAAUUUUGAGGAUGUAGCUGUUAGUACAUUUAAGAUAUUGGAGAAGAUAAAGAGUGAACCAUAUUUUGGAUGGCCCAAUAAGAUGGGUGGGGAUCCUUUCAAGAGGAACCAAAGCCUUUAUUGCCAUUAUCAUCAAGAAAAAGGGUACAUCACAAAGGACUGUAGGACCUUACUGGAUCACUUAGGUCAACUGGUGAAGGCAGGGAGGCUAGGUCAGUUCUUGCAUCAGCCUGUAGGUCAGUUCGGGCAUUCAGGAGCUGGGUAUCAGAGGGAUAGAGCUCCUCGGCUAGCAUUGGUCACAAUUAAUGUGAUUUUCACUAAGCCCAAAGGCGACGUUAGGACCUGUUCAGGGUUCAUGUCUAUGGCUAUGGGCCUUAAUUCAAGAGAUAGGGAUCGGACAUUCAAAAAGGCUAAGGUGGUGGCCACACCCAUUUUAGGUUUUUCAGAGGAGGAUAAGGAGGGGACAUUCCAGCCACACGAUGAUGCCUUGGUAGUAACUAUUAGGAUUGGCGACUAUAAUGUAAAAAAGGUCCUGGUAGACCAAGGAAGUGGAGCGGAGAUCAUGCACCCUGACCUGUAUAAAGGAUUGAAUUUAAAGCCCAAGGACUUGCAGAAGUAUGACUUAUUGUUGAUAGGCUUUGAUGGGAGGAUGGUAGUCCCCCACGGGAUGAUAAGGUUACCUAUGCAGGCUGGGGAUGAGGAAGUGCAAGUCAGUUUCAUUGUUGUGGAAGCCUAUUCCCCUUACACAGCUAUCUUGGCCAGAGCAUAG